UGUAUUUCAAAAGCCUCGGAUAUUUAACACCGUUUCAAAUUUCUCACUCGUGUUCGCGACACGAGAUAAAAUAUGCGCGGUUAUUUUUAAGCCUACAAAGUAACUUUCAGCACAUAAACGGAUACUAGUUGCGAAAAUCACGGUUCGGUGUCACCCGUUCCCAUCGAUCCCCCUUCGCAUUUCGCGCGCGUUAAGAGCCCUCGAAAUGUUCGCAGGUGUCGGGGCCGGCUUUUCACACCAUGUGUCUCUCAUCUGAUCACACUCGUCUGGCCGGACUUAGCUUCGACAACUCGAAAGCGGCCAACGAUCUGUGGCAGCACAUAGAGCGCCUCGUCUCUUGCCCAGAGAACAUCAGUCUAUCGGUGCCGGGCAAGAAGAAGAAGAAGCCCGUGCAGAAGAAGAUCGUGCUGCCGGCCAAGAGCAACAUCAGCCAGCCGUGUCAGUUCCAGCACGUGACCAGCGUGGACGCGGCCGAUCGGUCGCGUUAUUUUUCGCUGCAGACGCUGGUACCGGCGUUGAGUGAGCUCGAGAACUCGCUGGAGGCGAAUUUCUGAGACAAGCCCGACGCCUCCGCCAAGCUCUCGUAGAAACGACGUAGCGCGACGCCCGACUCCCGCCGUCUUCUUCCCCGGAAGUGAUCUUUCCGGGGAAGAAAGAUACGUGUGCGCGAAGGGAGAAAGAAACGAGGUCCUUAUACAAGGACUCUGGCGUCGCGGAUCCGUCUCGAGAGCUAUCGUAAAGGGAGGCGAACGCUGAAAGACGACACCGCGGAUAUCCGAUCGGAAAUCCUUUUGUCUUUUCGCUCUUCCUCCGAGAAGUAAUUUGUAGACGGUCUAGAGAGCCAAGUUAAAG